UCAUGCGCCCAUAAGCCACGUGCCCACAGUUCAACGAAGUCGCUUUAGAUCGUGUGGUGGCUAUUUUCUGUGUUUUCUCGAAAUUCCAUUGCAUCUAUUUGUUGAAAGUUGUGAUAUGAACGGGCAUCAAGGUGUAGAUCAUGACCAGGAAUUGGACGCGAAAUUUAAAGAGCUCAGUUUGAUGAAAAAGCACAAACGAUCCCAGGUUGUGCGUGUUUCAAGCGGCCUGCCUCAUCAACAGUCAUCCAGUGUGUCCGAACAAGAGGCGACCGAGGAGCGCCGAAGACACAAUAGUUUACGGGAGGAAGAUCGAGUUAGGACUGUGGCCGCUAUGUCAGAAAACUUCAAAGAUAUUCUAGAUCUGGUGGGCGAGGAUGCCUCACGACAAGGACUUCUGAAAACGCCAGAAAGAGCUGCAAAAGCCUUGAUGUUUUUCACCAAAGGAUAUGAAGAAAAGAUAGCAGAUAUCCUGAAUGAUGCAAUAUUUGAUGAAGAUCAUGAUGAGAUGGUGAUAGUUAAAGAUAUUGAAAUGUUCUCAAUGUGUGAACACCACAUGGUACCUUUUAUUGGCAAAGUUAGUAUAGGAUAUCUUCCAAAUAAAAGAGUUUUAGGUUUGAGCAAAAUUGCCAGGAUUGUUGAAGUAUACAGUCGAAGACUUCAAGUGCAAGAGAGAUUAACAAAGCAGAUAGCAGUUGCAUUAACGGAGGCCAUCCAACCAACUGGUGUUGGGGUUGUCAUAGAAGCAACACAUAUGUGUAUGGUAAUGAGGGGCGUACAGAAGUUGAACAGUCGCACAAUAACAAGCACAAUGUUGGGUGUCUUCCGGGAUGAUCCAAAAACAAGAGAAGAGUUCCUGACAUUGGUGCGCCAUUGACAGUGUGACGUAGGCCAGGUUGAUCUCACUCAGUCUAUACACUCCUACAGACCCCUUCCAGAUGUAGACAUGAUCCAUUCUUGCUCUACAGACUGCAGGCACUACCAGGUGUAACGUGAUCCUCCAUUCCAACUUCACAGACAGUAGGCCCUACCAGAUAGGGACUUGAUGAACAUAAAAAAGCGACCUGUCUCAAAAUCGCCUUACAACCUACAGCAGGAUCAAGUGUGCAUUUGAUGCAUUCCUGGAAUUUUGUUCCAUCAGGUUCCUAAAAACUGUCCUACCCCACGCUGUAAACAGUCUAAGAGUGUAAUUUGGAAGUCCAGCAGAAGUGACUGCUAUAACUUCCAUGGAAAGGACAUGGCGCCUUGGUAUACGUACAAGACUUGGUCAGUUUUGUGAGUUACUAGCCUAGAAUAUGUGAGAGUACAGUCAACUUUGUGUCAGACGACACAACUGGCCUGGGACCAGUGAUUUAUUUUGAGUUAUAUGUCUAGAUGAUUUAACGGAAAUGCGCUAUAAUGUCGUUGGAACUAUAAUCAACUUUGACUGCAUUCAACAGACUUGCGUACUUUAGUUCUGUUAAAGUGCACUUGCCACAUAAAUGUGGACAAACUUGUCUUUCUUUUUCAUCUGUGAUGAUCUGUUGACCAAACUGAGGGUUUUUGGCAGAAUAGCAGAGAAUAUUUAUUUCAUUUUCGGUAUCUGAUUCAAAAUUUUUGGAAGAUUGAUAAGGGGGACUACAGGCUGGAGCUGAUGGUCUUCAGUUGUCUCAUAGGUACAGUUCAGGAACUGGGUCAUGGCUUUCUGCAUUAUAUAUACUUUUGGAACAAGGGUGUAUCGCUUUUUUGUAUAUGACUUUGAUAUAUUGGCGACUUGGUGAACUUAAUCUGGCCUACCUUAACUGCCUGUAGACCCCCUUUAAGUGCAGUUGGAAAACAUCCUUAAAUCGUAAAUUCAAUGUGCUUUGAAGUUAUUUAUUUAUAUAUGAAAGUGUAUAGAAGAGUGAACUUGAAACCAGGUUCAGGUAAUCAUUAAGACCUGUGAAUUACGGGUAUAUAUUUCAGAUGAUGGGUACCUUAUGAUUAGUGUCUCAAGAUAAUUACUCAUGGAAAUUACUCAUGUUGAACAACACUUGUGAAAUCACUAGCAUUCAACAGACUACAUAAGCAUUUGGUCACAAAAUGGACCCAGUUACAAAUUCUUCAUUUGUCAGCUGAUAGUUGAUCACUUUUGUAAUUCCUGAGUCAUUGUUAUUGACAUGUUUGGUUAUAUCAGAGCCUUUCAUAUUCUAGGCCUAAAUAAGCUGGGAAUUCUCUCUCUCGCUCUAAAGGAUUAUGGGUUGACCAUGUACCACCAUUUUGGCUAGACCUCCAAAUCCUAAAGCAAUUAGAACUCUUUCAAAAUGAAGUGACUGCUCAUUCAAAACCUGGGAGGCUGUUCUCUUGAAAACAAAGAACAGACAACUGCCCUUCAAAUGAGCAAUCAUUUCGUUUUGAAGGAGUUCUCAUUGCUUUAGGAUUUCAAGUCCUAGCCAAAAUGGUGGUUCCUAUGGUCAACGCUUAAAGUACAACUGUUCAAUAAGAAUGUCAUGAGUACUCAUUCAUAUCUGGUUUUGGACUUUUACACAGCAACCCUAUAUAGUGUAUCUCUACAUUAAAAGUAUGCUACCAAUGUGAAGAGGAGUUGGUAAAUGUACCCAAAAUCAUUAUGCGGUAACAAUUUAUCAAAGAUUGUAUUGAAAAUGUCAUUUUUGUAAAAGUCAAGUUUGUAACAUAUUUGACAAGAGCUGGAUCUUAGUUUAUUCCUCUGCCUGUUAUAUAAUCUUGUGCAAGAAAGAAUGGUAUUUGCAUGCAAUAGUUAUUCUAGUAAUAUAAUUGGGAUUAUAAACAGGACCACAGUACAUAAAGUGCACAAAGUUAAGGGUUCUGAAAAGCACUUUAACAAUUGUACGAAAAAUCUUAGCAUGUGCAUUAUAUUGAAAAUAGCAUUUACAGGAUAUGGCAUAAUAUUUGAAUUCAGUAUUGAUUAGCCCUGCAAUUUAGGCUGUGCUGCUGUCUGGUUUUAUGAUUAGUACUAAUCAUGAUGGCUCCAGUUCACCCUGGAGAAUCAGACUCUACUGUGAUUGAGGAUCUUAUCUUGGGUUUUGUUGAGGUGGAAAGAAAAAUGUUUUGUCAAGUUAGUGGUAGUCUUAUUGAGUCUUCACGAACCUCUGCUUUUGUUGUGUAAUGAAAUUUAUCGUUUUAUUAGUAAGCUUUUUAUGAUAUCUAUCACCAGCUGAGAUUGUAUUUAUCUCUAUAAAUUUUUUACAAUCAGUUUUUCUUGAAAGAUGGAAUUGUCAUUUUGAAACAGAUAUUGUAAUACAUUAUUGAUAGCAGUUCCAUUGCUAUUGUAGGACGUAAAGUUCAGCAAGCCCAUAAACAGUUUGAUUGCCAAAGUUGGUGACAGUUUCUUUUCCUUACAGUCUCAGUUACUUGAAGUGUUGUUGUUUCCCAGAUUGGUGUUACUGAAUCAAUGUGUAAAACUUGAUGUGCAUGUACAUAAACUUGUGAGUUCUUUGUAUAUUAUGUCGUAUGUGUCAGCUAGUCUUUGGAAAUCAGUACUUUGCAGGGGUUCCCUGAAUCCAGCAAUGAGUGAUGAUUCCCAUUAAAUCCUGUCUAUAUUUGAGAUUUUAGCCUAAACUAUGUGAUGUCUUUUCGGAUAGCGAAAAUAAAAAGGUGAUA